CAUUUACUCUGAACAGCGAGAAGAAGCAGGAUAGAGUUGCAUGGGUGUCGCAGUUCAAUAGCCAACCAGCACCAUACAACACGAACAUCAUGGCAGCCAUGGUACAGGACAUAAAAGAAAGAUUCGACAAGUUUCUUCAUGAAAAGAAUAUCAUGACCGAUGCAUUGGCAAAGAUCGAAGCUAAAACUGGAGUAAACAGGGCCUAUAUCGCAAUCGCUGUCGUCAUCAUUCUCGCAAUUUACCUGGUUAUUGGGUAUGGAGCCUCCCUACUGUGCAACCUCAUCGGAUUUGCUUAUCCAGCCUACAUAUCGAUCAAAGCCAUUGAGAGUGUAACCAAAGAUGAUGACACAAAAUGGCUGACCUACUGGGUGGUGUAUGGGGUGUUCAGCGUGGCAGAGUUCUUUGCUGACAUCUUCCUGUCCUGGUUCCCAUUUUACUACAUGGGAAAGUGUGCCUUCUUGGUGUGGUGCAUGGCUCCAACUCCUUCUAACGGUUCCAUCCAGAUAUACACGCGGAUCAUCCGCCCCAUCUUCCUCAAGCACGAGGCUAAGAUUGACAACAUAGCCAAGGACCUCAAGGGCAAGGCGGCAGAGGCUGCAGACAAGUUCAAAGAUGAAGCGAAGAAAGCGACGGCGAACAUAAUGUGGGAGGAGGGGAUGAAGAAGGACUCCUAA